CUCUGUCAUUGCAAAUCAAACAAACACAUUCUCUCAUCAAAAUCCAUGGCUUACUCUAAAAUUCUCUUUCUCUCAAUCCUUAUUCGAUUCCUUUGUUUUGCAACUAUCGAGGCACAAGACUCUACUUUUCUGCAUUCCUAUUGUUCCACCAAUGGUACCACAAGCAAUAGCACCUACCAAAUCAAUACCAAGACACUCCUCUCUUCAUUGUCAUCAAAAGCCACCGGCAACACCGAAUUCUACAACACCACAGUCACCACAGGAAACCACUCUGAUUCUGUCUAUGGAUUGUUCAUGUGCAGGGGUGAUGUCUCCUUUCAAAUAUGUGAUGAAUGCAUAGUUAAUGCAAUUCAAAAACCGUCCUUAGAUUGCCCAUUAUCCAAAGAAGCUAUUAUUUGGUAUGACAAUUGCAUGGUUCGAUACUCCAAUGAGUCUUUCUUUUCCAAGGUUUAUGCAUAUCCUUGGGUUAUACAGUAUAGGUAUGCCAACGUCUCAAACACGAAAAGCUUCAUGCCUUUAUUGUUUUCAACCGGGUACGAAACUGCAGAUGAAGCAGCACGUCCACUUAUUGGAGAUAUAAAAAAGAAGUUUGCAACAAAAGAAGCACGAGUUUCGAAAAAACAGACCCUUUACUGUCUAGCUCAGUGCACGCCAGACUUGUCUCCUAACAAUUGCAGAACCUGUCUCUAUACUGCUAUUGAUUUUCUUGCUCAGCUUUUUGAUGGAAAGCAGGGUGGGAUGGUUUUUUUUCCUAGCUGUAAUGUUAGGUAUGAACUAUAUCCUUUUUAUAGGUCUAUCAAUACUUCACCAAAUGAGCUUGUUCCUCAAACAAAACAUUCAAAACAAGAUUCUAGAUUUUCACAAGAUCCAAUUUAUCUUUCCUAUAAUUGCCCAAGAAACCACAGUACAAUCACUAAGAAAAACUUCAAAUUACUUCUCUCUUAUUUGUCCUCCAACGCCACAAAUGGCGAAAAAUCCCAUACUGUUAAAGUGGAAGAAAUGCUGUAUGGCCUCUUCAUGUGUCGAGGUGACCUUCCCGUUCGCCUCUGUGGUCAAUGUGUGAAAAAAGCAACGGACCAAAUAUACUCAAAGUGUCUUUCAUCUCCAAAGGGUAUAAUUUGGUACAGCCACUGCUUGGUUCGCUAUUCAGAUAAAAUAAUCUUCUCUAACAUGGAAACAAGUCCUAUGUAUAGAGAUAUAAAUAUCACCAAACAUUCUAGCACAGAGCCAAACUUGUUCACUAGUACAUUAUCGAAUCAGUUAUCUCAACUUGCAAAUGAUACAGGGGACAGUGAUGAUAGAUAUAAGACUAAUUCAUUAAAACUGAAUGAUAAACAAACCUUGUAUAGUCUUGCACAAUGUACGAGAGAUUUGUCUAGUCAGGAUUGCUCUACUUGUCUAAAUGAUGUGAUCGUUACAGCAAUUCCAUGGUCAAAUUUGGGUAGUGUUGGGGGAAGAAUUAUCUAUCCUAGCUGCAAUCUGAGGUUUGAAUUGUUCCGUUUUUACAUGGAGGGCGACGAAGCUCAGCUGCCUUUCCAAUUACAAAAAAAUGCAAAGAAAAUUAUCAUCAUUGUUGUCCCUACAAUUAUUUUGGUGAUGCUAUUUUGUGGCUACUGUUGUCAUAAGAAAAGGGGAAGAAAGAGUCGUAGGACUAUUCUUAGAGAAAAUUUUGGUGAAGAAAGUGCGACUUUAGAACCACUACAAUUCGAUUGGGUGGUAAUUCAAGCAGCAACCAACAACUUUUCUGCUGACAAUUACAUUGGCAAAGGCGGGUUUGGAGAGGUUUACAAGGGUAUACUUGUUGAUGGACGAGAAGUGGCUAUAAAAAGGCUUUCAAAAAGUUCUAAUCAAGGUGUAGAAGAGUUCAAGAAUGAAGUUUUGUUGAUAGCCAAGCUUCAACAUAGAAAUCUAGUGGCAUUUAUUGGUUUUUGCCUUGAAGAACAAGAGAAAAUACUUAUUUAUGAAUUUGUGCCCAACAAAAGUCUUGAUUUCUUUCUAUUUGAUUCUCAACAACAAAAGUUGUUAACUUGGGUUGAACGCUUCAACAUCAUAGUAGGAAUUGUUAGAGGGAUUCUUUAUUUGCAUGAAUAUUCUCGACUCAAAGUUAUACAUCGGGAUCUCAAACCUAGCAAUAUUCUAUUGAACGAAAAUAUGAUUCCUAAAAUUUCAGAUUUUGGUUUGGCUCGAAUUGUUGAAAUUAGUCAAGAUGAGGGAAAUACAAAUAGAAUUGCUGGAACAUUUGGUUAUAUGUCUCCGGAAUAUGCAAUGCUUGGACAAUUUUCUGAAAAAUCCGACAUUUAUAGUUUUGGAGUUAUGCUUUUAGAGAUUAUUGCUGGAAAGAAGAAUAAAAGUCCAUUUACUCCACACCAUGUUGCUUAUGACCUCUUGAAUCAUGUAUGGAGACAGUGGAUGGAUCAAACACCUAUAAGUAUUUUGGACCCAAAUAUUAAAGAAGAUUAUUCUACAAAUGAAGUCAUUAAAUGCAUUCAGAUUGGUCUGUUAUGUGUUCAAAAUGACCCGAAUGCUAGACCUUCAAUUGUGACAGUUGCUUCUUAUCUUAGCAGUUAUGCAAUUGAAUUACCAACUCCAAAAGAACCUGCGUUUUUCUUGCAUGGUAGAACUUAUUCCGACGUUCUUGCACAAGAAUCAAGUUCUACUCAAUCUGCCAAUAGUUCUGCACUAUUCUCAAUCAAUCAAAUGUCUGCAAGUACUUUUAUUCCUCGAUAGUUUAUAAAUUUUUAUAAUAGUUGUAUAAUUGUUGUCAACAAACUAUGUUUUCUAGUAUCAAUAAAUAUAACUUUGAAAAUGAGUGAGGAAAUAGAGAUUUGUAAUUUGAA